AUGUCCGUCGACAUCUGGCCGCCCAUCUCUGCCGAAGAACUCAAGGUCAAGGAGGCCGAAUCGUUGAAACGGGAGCUCGCCUGGAUCACGGCCGAGACCAUCGACGUCUGCCAUGAACUCAAGCACGGCCUCGAAGACUGCUACGCCCUCCUCGCGCCCAUAGACCCCGGCAGCACCCUCGUGAUGAGCACUCACCGCAACGAGAGAGUCAAGGGCACCCUCACCCGCGUCGGCACCCGCAUCGUCAAAGGCACGCUCAACCUCCAAUUCCGCACCCUUCCCUCCCAAGUCAUCAGCAUCGCCCCCGAGGCGCCCAUCCACAUCCACGCCCUCGACGAGCUGCACACCCACCUCACCCAGUCUCUGGACCUCCUCGCCCUCACCAUCGCCCGGCCGGCCUCCUUCGACAACGACGCCCUCGCCCUCGCCUCGACGCUCGCCCUUCUCGCCGACUCGCUCGCCGAGGCGGCCGCGCUGCUCAAGGGACCGCCGCUCGCCUACCCCGACAACUCGUGGCUCGCGAGCUCCUGUCCGGCCCAUCACUUCGUGCCGCCCCUGCCGUCGAGCGUCAGCUUUCACGUCACCCUGCAGGAGAGCAACGUCGUGCUGUACCUGCGCGCCCUCGAGCCCACCGACGCGCCCCAGCAUUUCGGCACCAAGCUCGGCCUCGCCAUCGGCACCGUCCGACGGCUCGAGCAUGACGAGAUGGACCUCAUCUUCCCCUACAGGCCCCGCGGCGAUGGCAGCGCCGAGUCGAGGAUGGGCAGUGCGAGACACUCGCCCCAGCCUCCAGCCUUGGGUGACGUCGAGCAAGUCUUUGUGCGCGAAAAGAUACGCAUCGAGAGCGCCGACCCGAGCCUCAUAUCGGUCUACUCGAAGCUCGGAUUCUUGAGCCACAUGCUGGACCAGGCACGGAGGAACCUUGCUGCCGUCAUGGGCGUCGAGCUGGAAGACUAG